AUGGCAUCAACUUCUGGUAGUCAAUCUCAUUUCGAAGCUGAAAAUCGUCAUCUCAAAAAGCGUCUUGAAGUAACAGAGCAAAUGUACGCAGGUCUUCAUGAGGAAUUCAAAAAACUCAAAACUCAUAGUUUGCUCUUGGAAGAAGAUGUCGAAUCAUUAAAGAGGAAUCAAAAUCAGAAUGAAACACCGAACCAAGGUCUUGAAGAAGUGGAACAAAUGUAUGCUAAACUUCUUGAUGAUUUUGAUAGAAUGAAAGCGCAAAAUUUGGUUUUGGAAGGAGAGAUUGAAUCAUUGAAAAGGAUGCAAAAUCAAAAUGAAGGUCUCAGAAAUCAGCUUGAAGUAUCGGAACAAAUGAAUGCUAAACUUCUUAAUGAUUUUGAUAAAUUGAAAACGGAAAAUUUGGUUUUGAAAGGAAAAAUCGAAUCAAUGGAGAAGCCGAAAUUCAAUGAGAAUCAGGCACUUGCUUUAACUCGCCCGGAACCCUCAAGAAAUGCGACUAGCCCCAGAAGACCUGCAGAACGUCAUUAUAACUGUCCUUCUGGAAAUGGACCAAUUGUAUUCGGAAAUUGCGACGAGAAAGGUGAAUUUUUGGAAUUGGAAAACAUCGCAUACAGGCCGAUUAAAAUUGGACAAUUUAUAAUCAAACGAAUUGUUGGUGAAUUGAACUUUGAAGUGGUUUUGCCAGAAUCUACAAAAAUUCAACCGAGAAGCAAAUUAGUGGUUAGUUCUUUGAUACAAUAUUUGAAAAAAAACAUAUUUUUUUAAGCUUCGCGGUAGAUGUAGAGGCUCAACAACUCCAUCUCUCAAACAUCAAACUAUAUUUCUCGAUGAGGUUAAUCAUUGGUUGAGUGGAGAACUUAUGCAAACAUUUUUGUUGGAUCGAAAUGGCACAGAAAUGGCUUCAAUUGUUCAGGGUUUGGAAAAGGUGGAGGAGAAUUCUGAUAACUUUUUAAGUCUUUUUUAAACUUUUUAUUUAUUAAAGCGACGUGUGAAAUGAAAUAAACCUAUUUUUUCAAAAGAAAAGUGUAUGAUUAGGGCUGAUUCACAAACGAAAAAAAUGUUUUUUUUAACAUUGAAAGAUCAAUUCACGAAAAGUCAUAGGUCAAAAUUAGUUUUUCGAGAUUUUCUGCCAAAAAUGAUGACAAAUCAAGAUUUUUUAAGCUACUGGAGUGAUUUCUGAUAAAAAUUGACCUUCAGAAGGUUUUGCCGAUUUUUCGUAAAAUAAAAAAAAUUUAAAUUUUGAUGAAUUUCGAAAAAUUCAUAAAAUAAAGCAAAAUAGGCUUCUCGGAGCUUAUUUUUCAUCAGAAAUCACUCCAGAAGCUUGGAAAAUAUUGAUUUGUCAUCAUUUUUGGCUGAAAAACUCGAAAAACUAACUUUGACCUAUGACUUUUCGUGAAUUGAUCUUUCAAUGUUAAAAAAAAACAUUUUUUUUUCGAUACACUGUGCUUUACAGCCUGUCAAAAAGAGCAAGAGAAGAAAUAUUUCAAAACAUUAACUAUGUUUGUUUCACAAGAAAUAUAUAUAAACCGAGUCUUUAUGAGAUAACGCAGCAGUUUUUUGAGAAAAUGGUUUCAACUUCUAGGAGCUAUUCAAAUUUAGAAGCUGAAAACCGUCAACUCAAAAAGCAACUUGAAGUUGGCAAGAAAAUGUACAAAAAUCUUCUUGAAGAGUUCGAAGAACUGAAAAAGUAUAGUUCAGUCUUGGAAGAUGAAUCAAUGAAGAAGCUGAAUUGUCUCGAACCCUCGCUGAUCUCAACAGAUCCUUUAUUAUAAUUGUUAUUCUGGAAAUGGACCAAUUGUAUUCAAAAAUUGCGAUGUGAAGGGCGAAUUUUUGGAAUUGCAAAAUAUUUCGAAGUGUACAGUUGACCUUGGAUGUUUUGUAAUACGAAGAAUUAUUGGAAACUUGGAUUUUGAAGUUGUUGUUCCAGAAUCUACGAAAUUACGAGCAAAAAGCAAAUUAGUUGUGAGUUGUUACCUUAUUUAUGUUUUUAAAAAAAUUUUCGCAUUUUUUAUUGAAGCUUCGCGCUAGAAGAAGCUGUUCAGAAACUCCGAUUCUCAAUUCUCAAACUCUAUUCCUUGAUGGGUUUACACAUUGGUUGAGUGGAGAACUUAUGCAAACUUUGUUGUUGGAUCGAAGACGUAGAGAAAUUGCAUCGAUUAUACAGGGUUUGGAAAAACCCCAUUUCUGA